CACUUCAUUAAUCAAUAUUACAAUCGUUCGUUAAUCUAUAAAACGGCAUUUCACGGACCGGCGUGGGUUGCGAGUAGCACAUAAACGUUUUGACAGCGCGGAAAAGUGUUCGAAGCCGAUCGCACGAAUACGCGAAACGUACGCGAUAUACAAUACACGUACCUAUCUCCGACAUCAAAGGUCCGGUCAAAAUGUAUAAGGUAGACAUGACCUAUGAAGAGUUUUUAAAGAAAGAACAAGAAAAGUAUCCGGAAUUGAAAUUGAACGAUAUCGAAUCUCUGAAAGAACGAGUGAAAGCAAACACUGAACUGCCUUAUGUACGAGACAAAUUGAUCAUCUUAUUCCUGCACGGCAGUUACUUCGAUGUGGACAUCGCGUACAAAACCAUCGUCAUUCACUACAAGUACCGCAAGGAUCUGCCUCAGGUAUUUGCAAAUUAUGAUCCGACAACAGCAGGAAUAAAAAAAGUAUUCAAUAGCAUGUCCAUCUGCUUAUUGCCGAAUAUCUAUACUGACAAACAUGAACGUUUCAUUUACACUAAUUUUAAAAAUCCCGACCCUCGGGAAUACGAUUUCAUACAAAGUGUCAGGUAUUUUUUCAUGAUGUUGGAAUACAUGCUGGAAACAAAUGGUUCGUUUGACGGUUUAGUUGUCACUCUGAAUAGCUUAGGGAUGAAUUGGCGACACAUCACCAUGACGCCGAUGAAUACAAUGAAGAAGUUACUAGGAUUCGUACAAGAUGCUUUACCGGUGCGGCUGAAAGAAGUUCACGUUUUAAACGCUGGUUCGAUGAUGUCUGUGUUGUUCAACAUAAUUAAACCAUUUAUGAGAAGUGGUUUAAUGAGUAUAUUAAAACUACACCCAGAAGGCUCGAAAGACAUAUUCAAUCAUGUACCGAUUGAGUUGUUACCGACUGAAAUAGGAGGCACAGGAAAGUCACACUAUGAGUAUAGCGAAGACACGUUGAAUGAAAUGGUGUCUGUUCGCGAUUGGCUGUUCUCUCUUGACUCUGAAUUAUGUCAAUAAUGUGAAAUUAUAGUGUUUUAAGUAAAACGUUGCUUAAAACAAUAAAAUAUAAAUAUAUAUGACGAAGUCAUAAUUGGGUCCGUUAUUUUGGAGAUUUUCUAGACGAAAUAUUUUCGGAAAAACAUUAUACUGAUUGUUAUAAAGCAAUAUAUAAAUUUAAUUUUAUAAUAUAAUCAUACCUGUACACA